AUGGCGAGCCCACCGCCGGUCGCCGAGGACCAAAGCCGCCUCCUGGAGGAGGCAUUGGGGGUGGUGAGGCAACAGUCAACGAUGAUGCGCAAAUGCUUAGAGACUCCUGGCAAGCUCAUGGAUGCGCUCAAGUGCGGAUCAACUCUUGUCUCCGAACUACGAACCCCUAGCCUUGGUCCGAAGCAGUAUUAUGAGUUGUACAUGGCUGUUUUUGACGCGUUGCGACACCUGUCCGUCUACCUCAAGGAGAACCACCCUGUCAACCACCUGGCGGACCUCUACGAACUGGUUCAAUAUGCCGGAAACAUUGUUCCCCGUUUAUAUCUUAUGAUCACCGUCGGCACAGUUUACAUGUCCGUCGAGGAUGCGCCGGUCAAGGAGAUUAUGAAGGAUAUGAUGGAGAUGAGCCGUGGUAUUCAGCACCCGAUCCGCGGCCUUUUCCUGCGAUACUACCUGUCCGGGCAGGCGCGCGACUACCUUCCAUCAGGAUCUGGCGAUGGGCCCGAGGGCAACCUACAAGAUUCAAUUAACUUCGUUUUGACGAAUUUCGUGGAGAUGAACAAGCUCUGGGUUCGGCUGCAGCACCAGGGUCCAUCCAGAGAGCGGGAGAGACGGAUACAGGAAAGGCGCGAGUUGGAGCUGCUUGUUGGUAGCAAUAUCGUUCGGCUGAGCCAGUUGGUCGACCUUGAAGGAUACAAGUCCGGCAUCCUACAAGCGCUUCUCGAGCAGGUGGUACAGUGUCGCGAUGUGCUGGCGCAAGAAUACCUUCUCGAAGUGAUCACGAAGGUUUUCCCCGACGAAUUCCACCUCCACACCCUGGACCACCUUUUGUCUGCUAUCGCUCGACUCCACCCACACGUUGAUCUGAAGAAGAUUGUGAUCGGAUUGAUGGAUCGCCUGUCCACAUACGCGACAAAAGACAACGAAUCCACGGCAGAGCCAGAGGCGCGAAAACAAAAUGAGGAGGAAGCGGUGGUUCGGUUGUUGGAAAAGCUCGAACUGGACAAGGAGAAGAAGAAGAAGCAAGCAGACGCAGAAGCGGCUGUUGCGAAUAAGGAACAGGAGAAUGGCACUGAGGAGCCCCCGAAGACGGAAGAGUCAACCGAAGCCCCGAAGGAACAGAGCGAUAGCCAGGAACAGGCCACAAAUGGAGACGAUGCCAAACCCGCCAUUCCCGCAGAAGUCAAGCUAUACGAUAUCUUCUAUGAUCAGGUGGUGAAUCUGAUUAAGACGCGCGCACUGCCGAUCCAAGAUACCAUGGCACUUUUGGUAUCCCUUGUCAACCUGGCACUAAACAUCUACCCCGAUGAGCUGCACUAUGUCGAUCAGGUCCUCGAUUUUGCGACUGAAAAGACUGCUGAAUAUACCGACCACGCCGAUCUUCACUCGGCCCCCACUCAACAGCACAUUCUCCAUCUUCUCAGUGCACCUCUUCGCUCAUAUGUCUCGAUCUUCACAGCUUUGGCGCUGCCGCAUUAUCUACCACUUCUGACAUCACAGUCAUAUCCCACCCGUAGGGCGGUCGCCGGCGAGAUUGUCCGGAGUCUACUUAAGAAUAGGACCCUAAUCACAACUACGGAGAACCUAGACCGCGUGUUGCAAGUUGCCCGAGUUUUGAUCAAGGAGGGUCUGCAACAGUCCACUGGAUACCCCGGGGCACCCUCGCAGCGGCGUGGCGGGGAGACGGACGAGACGAUCGAGGAGCAAGGAUGGCUUGCCAGAUUGGUGCACUUGAUUCAGGCACCCGAUAAUGACACCCAACUGAAGCUUCUUCAAGCAACUCGAAAAGUAUACGCCGAUGGCAACGAGCGCAUCAGAUACACUACGCCAGCUCUCGUCACGGCCUCAAUUCGCUUGGCCCGUAAACUGAAGUCCCGCGAGCAUUACGAUGACAACUGGCAGUCACAAUCGUCCGCUCUCUAUCGCUUCCAGCACCAAUGUGUCAACAACUUGUACCAACGGGUGAACCCCGGAUGUGCUGACCUAGCCCUCCGGUUGUUCGUCAUGUGUGGUGAAGUUGCAGAUCAAACAGGAUUCGAAGAAGUCAGCUACGAAUUCUUCGCGCAGGCAUUUACCAUCUACGAAGAUGCGAUCAGUGACUCUCGAGCUCAGUUCCAGGCCGUCUGCAUCAUUGCAGGUGCCCUGCACGGAACCCGAGGGUUCUCCAAGGAGAAUUACGAUACAUUGAUCACCAAGGCUGCUCUGCAUGGAAGCAAGCUUCUCAAGAAGCCUGACCAGUGCCGUGCAGUGUACCUUGCCAGCCAUCUCUGGUGGGUAGUUGAGAACCCUCAGCGUGGGGAAGAGGAUCCAAAGAACCUCUACCGCGAUGGAAAACGGGUUCUCGAAUGCCUCCAGCGUGCCCUCCGUGUUGCUGAUGCCUGCAUGGACACGGCUGUUUCCGUGGAGCUUUUCGUCGAGAUCUUGAACCGAUACGUCUAUUACUUCGACCAGCAAAACGAAACCGUCACGACCAAGUAUCUCAAUGGGCUGAUUGAGCUCAUUCACUCCAACCUUCAGACCAGCGAGGACGAACCAAACCCGAGCCUCGAGGGUCCUAAGCGCCACUUCGAGCGGACACUGGAGUACAUCAGGUCCCGGGAAUAUGAAGGUGUUGUGACCGAGCGGCAGUAA